AUAGUUCUACUCUGCUUCUAGGUGUCACAUUUCUCAUUUCGAAAAUUUUUUACUAGAUUGUUAUCUCGGCACUCAUAGCAUAAUAGAUGUACAUAUGUAUAUAUAUAAAUUAGUUUUACACAGGCACUAAUGUCGGGAUUUCUCCGUAAAGACUGUUUGGACGCUCUUUCAAUAAUAUAUAUUAUUUAUUAGUAUUAUUAGAAUGACAAAAUGGGCAUUGGCUCAUCAAAUGUUCAACGCGAAUUUGGUUGAAUAAUAUUUUUGUAGCCGCAAGGAGUGAAAACUGCUGACAUCUGCUUAAAACGAACUAAAAAAGAAACGAAAAAUUAUAAUAGUAACAGUUGUGAUAAAAGAUAUUGUGCAAUAAUAUCUAAAUUAAAAUUUGUAUCCUUUCGCUGUUCUUUUUUUCAACAUACAUAGUAUGUAAAUAAACACACAUAUGUAGGAGGAAAUAAAAAACAAAUAAAGUUACUUGUAGUAUAGUAGAAAAUUUAUUUAUUGUUAAUUUAUAAUUGUGCUAAAAUGACAAUGGAAGCUAUCUCCAACUACUUUGAGAAGGGCAUAGUGCUGGUUAUUGCCGAUCUGCUUAGUCUGAUAACAGUGUCGUCUUGUUUGGUUAUUAAGGUGCCACAAAUCAAUACAAUACGAGCAAACAAGUCAUCACAGGGCAUUAGCGUUCUCGGUCUCUGCCUCGAACUCUUCAGUUACACCGUGAUGUUGUCUUAUAAUUACAGCCGGGGUUAUGAUUUUCUAUCGUAUAUGGAAUACCCCAUACUGCUCCUACAAGAAUAUGUGCUUAUCUACUACACCUUCUUUUAUCAAAAUUUAUUGGGCGUACGCACUCAGAUAGUGGCGGUGCUUUAUGCUUUCGUGGCGACACUGAUUUACUUCAAACUGUUUCCUCUACUGAUACUGACGUUUCUUGUGCCAUUUUGUACACCAAUCGGUGCUACAAGUAAAGUUCUACAAUUAAUUGCAAUUCUACGGACGAAGGAUGCUUCUUCUGUCAGUCGUACAACUUGGGCGCUAUCAGCAUUCACCAAUUUGACUCGGAUCUACACCGUUUACGUGCAGUCAAGUGACAUGAUGUUGCUAAGUAAUUUCUUCAUAUCCACCUUCUUAAGCUCGUCAGUGUUUGUUGCAGCUUGCAUUUACAAGAAAAAAACAAAAACCGAAUAAGAAAGUCCAGCGGAGGAAUUGCUGCUGAAUUUUAUCUUAACUUGUUGGAAAUGAAAAGUAUGGUUUAGCUCAAAUUUAUAUUAAAAAAGCAAUAAAGUGUCUGUUAACUAUUUUUAAAGAGCGCUAAAAAUA